CUUUCAGUUUAAAGGAGCUGUGAAGAGAAGACGGGCGGACGUAUCUCUGUGUUAGUGCAGCUACUGUAAAACUACAAACGAAGAACCGAUCAAAGAAUUGAUCCAACAUGAAGAUGAGCAUUGCGGUGUAUCUGACAGCUCUGGUAGCUGCUGCCUGCGUACUGGCCACCAAACACUCUCCACCAAAGGUUCAGGUGUACAGCUCCCAGCCAGGAGAGUACGGCAAGGACAACACCCUGAUCUGCCACGUCAGCGAGUUCCACCCCCCUGAAUCAAUCCAGCUGAUGAAGGACGGAAUGGAACUUCACAAAUGCAAUCAGUCUGACCUGGCCUUCAGAAACAACUGGCAAUUCCACCUGACCAAGACCGUGGCCUUCAAACCCAUGAAAGGGGAGGAGUACAGCUGCAGGGUCACUCACGGGACCAAAGUUAAGGAAUAUGCCUGGGACUCGAACAUGUAAUCAUCAGCAGAGGCUUCAGAUCGUGACGCCAGGUGUUUUUGCCCUGUUUGCAGCAGCGUUUCUUCUUCACAUCUUCGAUCAAAUGGAUCAGCUUCAACUGAAUUGUUCACUUUUCUUUUGCUAAACAUACCGUCAAUCAUAAAAUAUCAGUCAAACUAAGGGCAAUUUUUCCUCUUUCUGUUUUAAUGUGAGAGUAUGUAUGGGCCUCAGGGCAUGGGGUUAUUUGUAAUUUAGCAGUGUGUUGCUAGGAUUCGGCUCCUCUCCACCUUUUGAUAUUGAAAAGUGUGUAUAUAUUAAAUCAAAGUUCAUUAAGCUGAAAAUAUUAGCUUUAAUGACUCUUUAUUUUUCCUAAAUGAGGCAAUGUAAUUAUAAUUGGUCACAUUAAUACAUGAAUGAGUGUUCUUUUUGGACUUAGAUCAAAGUGUGUUAAACAAUUCUUAUUUGUUAUUUAAGACAUUUGUUAAUGCACUCUAUGAAAUAAAUGCCUCUUAAUCCA